AUGGUGUAUCAGCAGCAGCAACAAGGGCAAUACGUUUUUUACGCGAAUGAAGGUUAUGAUAGAAUUAGCUCUAUCUAUAACGUUUCGUCUAAUGUUUCCAUGGUUCCGCCCUCGCCACCGGAACCGAACGUACCGAUUCACAUCGAAAAUUACGAAAGGGAUGAACUAAUUGUAUACUCAUCGAACUACAAGUUCACCCUUGAGAUAGAUCAACUCCUAACGAACUCUUCCACUUGUCGAAGAGCUACUCGAGGAAAAAAAUCCGGACCACCACGUCCUCAAAAUUCUUACAUAUUAUAUUUGAGAGACACGACUGCAAGAAUCAAGCAGGAUCCGGAAUUUUCCAAGGAGCAUCCGAGCAAAAGGUCUAAGAUCAUAGGCAAAAUGUGGAAGAAUGAGCCACAAAGCGUCAAAGACCUUUUUGAAUCAUUGGCUAAAUUGGCAAGGAAAAACCACCUUAAUACGUACCAGAAUUACCAAUACAAACCGAGUAAAGCUCAAAAAAAGAAUUCUGUUGAGCAAAAAUCACAAACUCCGCCCCUCUCCGAGUCAAUCGUGUCGACACCCGUUUCCACGCCGGUAUCUAGUUCACCGACUUUAGAUUUUGACGCCAUAUUUGAUUUGAAUUUAUAUUACGACAAUUCAAGUCAUGAUUCACAUGGUUGCGUCAGUCCAUUGGCUGUUCAUAAAGUGAACCCAUACAAGCCAGAUGGAAAUUAUUUCGAAAGCGUUUUCAACGAUCCUUCGAGCGAUAGAACCACCUUAUAA